AUGUCUAUCUCUCCUUUUAAUCUCUUCGCUCUCCCGCUAUCACUACUCAUCGGAAAGCGCUACACCGUCCUCGGUUCGCUCGUCAUCUUUAUCGCGUGUAACAUUUGGUCCGGCGAAGCGAGUGACUACUACUCCCUUCGAAACUCACGCAUCGUUGGUGGAUUGGCUGGUGGUCUCGUCGAGGCUCUCGGUCCCAUCAUCGUAGCUGAGACGUUUCCCACUCAUCAGCUUGGAAGAGCCAUGGUCGUCUACGUUGGCUUCCUCGCUGCUGGCUCCGCGAUCGGUCCAAUGGUCGCUGGUGCAGUUGGAGUCAGUCUGGGGAGCUGGAGGUGGUACCUGAGGAUUCUGACCAUCGCGACUGGCCUGAAUCUUUUUGGUUCCAUCUUGAUGCUUCCUGAGACAACCCACGAUAUCGAAGAGCUGGACGCGGCUCAACCCAGACCUGGAAGCUCGCCCGUCGCCGAGCCGAAACCUACGAGCACCUCGGUCGAAGAUAUCUGCAUCUCAUCACCGGCCGGAACUACAACUGGAGAGAUCUCUCCUGCCAGCUUCAGAAAGGAGUACAUUUCGAGGUCCUUUAGCAGCGAGUUUAUGCCGAUGAAGUGGAAGGAAAUGGGUCUAUCACUGGUCCGGCCGCUGCAGCUGCUCAUGGCACCUCAAGUCCUAGUCACCGUCUACAUUUUUGGCCUAACCAUUGGCUGGACUGUCAUCAUCUCCAUCCUCAUCGCCAUCACCUACGCUCAACCUCCUUUGUUGUGGAAUUCGCGUUCGAUUGGUCUACUCAACGUCGGUUCUCUUAUCGGUCUUCUUAUUGGCCUCCCCGUUGGUGGUUACCUCGCAGACCUUCUCUUCAUUCGCUCAACAAAGGGACGCACCCAGGAGCCUAAUCCUAGGAGUAGACUGCCAAUGAUGCUUGUCGGAGGAAUUGCCAGCCCUCUUGGCUGCAUUAUCCUCGGCCAUGGACUUCAAAACCCUGUCCACUGGAUCGUUGUCUGCGUCGGAUGGAGUCUCCUUGCAUUUGGCUUGACAGGAUCGGCUAAUGUCCUGCUUACUUAUUCGGUCAACACUAUGCCUUCGCGAGCAGGAGAUAUCGGUGUCCUUGUAAAUGUCAUGAAGAAUUGCUUGGCCUUUGGCGUAUCCUACUCGGCCAUCAGUUGGAUGAACGGUAUGGGCCCAUUGAAGCAGUUCGCAACUAUGGCUGGUCUUCUCUGGCUUGGUUACUUUCUGGUGAUUCCGGUUUGGGUUUGGAGCAAGUCUAUUGUCCGCAGGAGCGCUGUUUAUGCUCGGUAG